AUGCCCUGCUUCAAGGGCAUCGCCGUGAGCAUACACGCAAACGGCGCACCUCUCCCCGAGUAUGGCAUGCAGAAACAGUCGCGCUUGUCCCGCAUCAGCACCUACAUUCCCGUUCCACAGCCAAACAUCAACCCUGAAUCCAACAAACCGGAGCCCGCAAAGUUCGCCAUUUCCAUCACCCUCCUGACACCAGGCCUGCCCAUCCCCUACUCGACGCCGAAGCCCAACGAAAGCAACCCUUACCCGAAGCCCCAGUUCGUCGGCGGUCUGCCAACCGUCGCCCAUGGGCCGUCAAAGUUUUCCGGCGUCGUCAACCCAUACAUCCCCAUGACCAACUCCGAGAACGAAACGAUAGCAGCGUACAUCUAUUUUGAUGGCAGAACUAAGGAGGAGGUUGCAACGCUGCUGAGGCCGGGCGAAGAAACAUGGGUGAACAGUCGCUGGGUACAGGUUCCCGACUCCGAGGGCGGCGGCUUGGCGGAGCGAGAGUUCCUCUUUCGCGAAGUUGGACUGGAGCGUUGGCUAAAUGGCUUGGACCUUCAAGGCCAUGAUGCGGCUGAGAAGCUGGAGCGUCGCCGGCAAAAGUUUGAGAAACGUCGUCGGCGUCAAAAGGCUGCAACCGAGUCUACCGGUAUGCAGAUGGAGGAAGGGCCCAACGGACCUCGAGAUACCCUUCGGUAUGGCGCUGAUGACGGCUCCCCCGUCGAAGCUGUAUUUGGCGAAGACGACUCUGAUUCUCUGUCCGAUGACGACGAAAUCCCUGAGGCGACUGGACAAAUCAAAGUGCUCAUGUUUCGGGUACUGGCCUCCGGCGAGAUCAAGAAGGGUGAAUAUUCACCGCAAUUCGACGCUCAUGACGACGACGACGACGCCGACGCCUCGAAUCAGGGCAAUGGAAAGUCAGGCGUUGAUGCAGAUGUUGAGCACACAACAAGCUUUGCCAAACCCAAGACGCUGGACCCCAAAACCAUCAGCACGCAAACUGUAACGGGGAUCGACGGCCCGGACAAGCCCUACGCUUCCUUCACUUUCUUUUACCGCGGAGAACGCCAAUUGCAAAAGAUAGGCAUCAUUGCCUCCUCCAAGGCAGCACAGACAACGCCCAGUUCAGUCAAGAGGCGGUCAGGGCAGUUGGACUUUUCCAACUUGGGUCCUCUCAAACCCUCGGGUACAGUUGGUUUCUCUGCUUUCAGAGACCAAGACACGGAGGCCGCUAAAAGACGGAAGGCUCGCAAGAAGAGCAACGGCAAUGUCGGAGGAGCUCUCAACGACGACAGCGACGAUGAAGACGACGAGAACGAGCUCAUUGGCAAGAUGCAAGAUAUCGAUGAAAAGGAUGUGGAUAACAAACUCGCCCCCGAGGAUGUUAAGUUUCAGGGGGAGCUUGCCGACGGUGUAAAUCGCAUCCAUUUGAAGAGGGCACACUCAGCUGAGCCAGACCGGUCUGUGUCUGCGGGUGCUGGAGGCAAUAAUGCCUCUUCUAGCCUCGCUGGCCCCUCUUCUGUGACGACGGCAACCUGCGGCGAUGGUCAAGUGGCAACAGGCACUGAUGAGUCGGUGCGAUCGACAAUUGGUAGCCCAUUGAAGAAGCACCGCCCUAGCAUUAACUCGGGAAAUGAACCGGCGGGGUUGUUGCCGCCUGGAUCUAACCCCGGGUUCGGUGAAAUUUUGAAGCAAGCACAGACGACAGUACCGUCCGCCUCGACUGAAAAGGACGAAGAGGAGGAACUGUGA